AUGUCUCAUUGCGUUAUUUGCUUUGACGAUGGCACUCCGAAACAUCCCCUUAUCAAACCAUGCAAGACAUGCAAUUUAGAAAUUCACAAUGAUUGCGUUUUAAAUCUCGUUUCAACACAUAUCAUAGCUAAAAGAGCAGCAUACAAAUCCCACUUAUUUCCAAACCACACGAACCCAAAUGUUGUAGCCUCAUUCGAUGGAACCCUAUUGCAGGAUUCCUACUUUAGAGCAUUGAUCAUGAACACCCCAUUCGAUGGAAGUGAAUCACACUAUUUCAAAUACUUUAAAAGAGGUGCAAUAAUCUCGACACCCCCAAAGGCAGCGUUACAAAGUAAUCUAGAUACCAUACUUCUGCGUGAUUUGGAUAAUCCCAUGGUAUACAUUCACGAUGUGUGUCCACAAUGCCAUAGUGUUCUUUCGUUUGUCUCCCCUAUAAAGAGCUUAGUUCCUUUUAGAUCUAUCUGCAAUCGCAAAAUACUCAGUGCAUGCGAAUCCUUUACAACUAAAGUGAAGGCCGUCUACAGUGUAACCAGGAUGUUGGCUCCUCACUUAUUAUGCGAGUACGGAGAAGUUCUUAUAUGUGCAGUUUCCGUGAUCUUUCCUCUGGUGCCAUGGAUCAUCUUGGGAAGAAAUAUACAAGAAUACAGAGUUGAAUUUUUGAAUGCAGAUGGCAUUUCGGAGGUGAUAGGAAUAUCAGAUCUACUGGCCCUAUCCUCGUAUGUCCAGACAAACAUCAAUCUCUUUUCUUGCCUACGACUUCUCUGGUUGGGCUCGAAUGCUGUGGAAACAGUGCCAUCGUUGGUGAGGUUUAUUGCACUCUUUGUAAAGUACGCUAGCGAUUUGGUUUACGCUGCAACUUUCAACAUCUGCUACUUGAACUGGGCCAUUGAAACCAGCCCCCAAAGGGUUGCAAAGUACAUCAAUCGGAGCGCCAAGACCCAUGUCGUUGCCGACUCACUCGGGCAGCUGAGUUUGAAAGACAAGUUCUGGUGCUGCACAUUUGUUGACUUCAAAAAGGUAUUCGUCACGACGUGGGAUCCUUCAUUCGGGAGUUACGUGCUGAACAGCACUAAGAUUGCGUCUUUGGAUGCACCCUUUGACUCGAUAUUCUACACGUUGCUCGGCAUAGGCGUCGGUCAUAAGCUAAUAGGGAAGUGCAAGCCCAUAGUGAGAUUCAUCUACAAGGCUGUCAGGCGGUACCGGCCCGUGCCCAUGGAAAUAGAGCUCUGCCUUGAGUACCUCGGGUACCAGUCUGUACUGCUGGCGAAGACACUGUACGAGUUUCUCUAUGUUUACUCCGAGUACAGGUCGAUCACAUCGUACCGCGUGUUCCGGACCGUGCAUGAGGGUCGGGAUUGA